CGAGAAGCUAGGCUGAUGAAUACUGGCCGUUUUCUCUGAAAAUCGACUGCUCUGGACUUAGGAUAUGACUGUGGCAAUGAGUUCCACCUGUCCAGGGCUGUAUUGUGGAAAGACCCUAAUAAAUGGAACGAUUGAGGGAGAAUGUGGGGUAUGUCCGCGAGGGGAAAGGGCUAAUUUGCAGAAGAUCUGUCAGAAAUGUAUCGGCUCACCAGAACUUUAUGACUGGCUCUACCUGGGGUUCAUGGCCAUGCUCCCACUCCUACUUCACUGGUUCUUUAUAGAAUGGUAUUCAGGGAAGAAAAGCUCCAGUGCCCUGUUCCAGCACAUUACAGCCUUGUUUGAAUGCAGUGCCGCAGCUGUGGUGACUCUACUGGUCAGUGAUCCGGUGGGUCAGUUGUCCAUUCGGUCUUGCCGAGUCCAGAUGCUGUCAGACUGGUACACCAUGCUGUAUAACCCCAGUCCAGACUACGUCACCACACUACACUGUACCCAGGAGGCCGUGUUCCCACUGUACACCAUUGUGUUAAUCUACUACGCCUUCUGCCUGGUCUUGAUGAUGCUGCUGCGGCCUCUCCUGGUGAAAAAGAUAGCGUGUGGCUUGGGGAAGUCAGACCGCUUCAAAAGCAUUUACGCUGCCCUCUACUUCUUCCCCAUCCUCACUGUUUUACAAGCAGUUGGAGGAGGCCUUCUCUACUAUGCCUUUCCUUACAUCAUCCUGGUAUUGUCCUUGGUAACCUUGGCAGUGUACAUGUCAGCCUCAGAGAUUCAGUCUUUCAAGAACCUUGUUGCCAAGAAGAAGAGGCUGGUGGUACUGUUGAGUCACUGGCUCCUUCAUGCCUAUGGCAUCAUCUCCAUCUCCCGACUGGACAAGCUGGGACAGGACUUGCCUCUGCUGGCUUUGGUGCCUGGACCUGCCCUGUUUUACCUGCUCACGGCCAAAUUCACAGAACCCAACAGGAUCUUGUCAGAGGGUGGCAACGGACACUGACAGCGCUACAUCGGGUCCUCCGCACAGAGCUGUGACCUGUGCGUACAGGACCCCUUAUCACCAUGGGAACAGACCGUGGGGGAAUCGCAGCCUUGGUUACAGUAGGAAGAAACACCUUUGUUCAUGGCACCAUUGACAUAGGCACUGCAGAGACCCAAUAAAACACUGGAGGAGAGCUUGUGACGUUUGAUGCUCAAUGCUGUUACAGUAAAAUUGGUCCUGGUGUCUUGGGUGCCUGUUUUUACAAACACUGAGAGGGGCUGAAGUCUGCAAGCUGUACCUGCUGCAAGAGCUGAUUGGCUGAA